UUACAAGGAAUCCUUUUCCAAAGCAUUCUCCAUCAUGAGCAACGGACUCCAGCGAAGACGGGAGCUUUCCACACCCAUUCAAAAUCCUCAUUGCAUUCCCCAGUCUCAUUAUCAACAAGACAAAAAAACCCAUACAUUUCUUUGGGAUGCAAUUUACUUCACCUUUUCCUCUCCAGGAAAAAUUCGCCCUUCCUGUCAAAAAAUGCCAUCAACUCUAUCACUUUCCCAUUUCUUAUCCAACGUAACUCCGGUCUUUUGUCGCAAAUUAUCCAUAUUAAAGGCGGUGGGCAGUAUAUUUGCAGCCAAGCUCACCACAGUCGGAGAGCAAAUUUUCUUCCUUCCAUUUUUUCUUCAACUUCGUCUGCGUCCUCUACAAAGCCUUGUUUCCACAAUACUUUAAUUUCCACAAUUGCAGAGAAAACACGAGCUGGUUGGCCUGACCAACAGAUGAAAGCAAUAAAGAGAGCCUGGUGAACAGCUUUCCGUUAAAUUCUUCCGGGACGAAGGUGUUUCAGAGGAGAUCAAGAGCCAUUGGUAUCUAGAAGAUGGGGAAUGAGAAGGAGUUGGUUAGGAACGUAGGUCGAAUUGAACCCCGAUCGCUUAGUUUAGGAUUGCUCGUCGGAUUCUUUCUUGCCUUGUUCACCUACAUCUCCAUGUCUGAUCGUUACACAACUCCUCUACUAACUGUUGAGUCCCGAGCAGCAUCAUCUUAUGGAGUUCCUACCAGUCCCAUGGUGGAAAACAAGAUGAAUUCAUCACAGCUAGAUGCAGGACCAAGAAAUGCUACGGAGGAGAAUCCGGGAUCAGAUCUGUUCAAGAAGAAUGAUGCUAUUAAAGUGCAACCGAGUUCAUCAUCUGUAAUUCAUGAUGCUUCCUCUGGAAGGCUGGAUGCAAGUAGUCCUCAGAAACUAGGGAAUGAAAACAUCAGAGAGGAUACGCAUGAGAAGGAUGGAGAAAAGAGGGUCUCAGACAAAACUUCUUCGACUCAGAAAGAAGAUAUCAUCAAUUCCAAGCGACCAGGUGAAAGGAGUGCGGAUGUCGAGCCUCAAAGGAAGCCAAUAUGCGAUUUUUCUAGUCGAAGAUCUGAUGUCUGUAAAAUGGAAGGAGACGUCAGGAUUCAUGGGAAGUCGUCCUCUGUGGUGUUUGUUACUUCCAAUCAAAUGGGAAAUCCAGAAUCAAAUGAAUCGUGGCGACUUAAAACUUAUGCUCGUAAGUUCGACAAAACCGCAAUGAAGAGAAUCAGGGAAGUGUCCGUUAAAAUGUCAAGUAGCAUUGAAGCCCCUCGUUGCACCCUUAAUCACAGCAUCCCCGCCGUUGUAUUUGCGGUUGGUGGGUACACCGGAAACGUAUACCAUGACUAUAGUGAUGCGUUGAUUCCUCUCUUCGUAACUUCGCGACAAUUUAACGGAGACGCCCAGUUACUCAUAACCAAUACACAGCUUUGGUGGGUGCACAAGUACCGCCACAUUCUGAAAAGCCUGAGUCGAUAUGAAAUUAUUGAUUUCGACAAUGAUGAUCAAGUUCGUUGCUACCCACAUGCGAUCGUCGGCCUCGAAAGCCAUGAAGAUAUGGCCAUCGACCCCUCGAGAGCUCCAAAUGGGUAUUCCAUGGUGGACUUCACAAAGUUUUUGAGGGGUGCCUACUCUCUUGAUCGAGACUCGCCCAUCAAGAUGGGAGAACAUCCUGAGAAGAAGCCAAGGCUUGUAAUCAUAGAUAGACUCCGAACCAGAAGACUUAUUAAUAUCAAGGAAAUUGUUAAAAUGGCGGGGGAGUUGGGCUAUGAGGUGCUGCGAGCAGAGGCCGAGUUUGGGACUGAAGUUGCUGAAUUUGCACAUCUCAUUAAUUCAUGCGAUGUGAUGAUGGGCGUGCAUGGGGCCGGACUCACAAAUUUGGUUCUCCUUCCAACGAAUGCAGUGUUUAUCCAGGUAGUCCCGUGGGGUAGGUUGGAAUCGAUAGCCAACUAUGACUUUGGGGACCCAGCCAGGAACAUGAAGCUGCAGUACUUGGAGUAUGGUAUCAGUGAAGAAGAAAGCACUCUGAUAAAUCUGUAUCCGAGAGACCAUCCUGUGUUCAAAGAUCCCAUGUCAAUUCACAGGCUCGGAUGGAAUGCUAUGGCGAAAGUAUACCUAGUUGAACAGAGUGUGAAGCUAGAUUUGAGAAGGUUUAGACCUGUUCUGCUGAAAGCCCUCGAGCUCCUCCAUUAACAAUAGAAUAAAUGCAUUGGUUGUAUCUUUAGCAUUCACGCUUUUAGUUAAUUAUUGUCUCACUACUUAAUUUGUUUUCAAUAAAGAAAGAGUUUCGUUCGUUUUU